UGCUUGACAUUUGGAUUCGUUGAUUUUUACAGAAAAUUUUGCAACAUACGGGAUUUAAUAAAUAUAUAAGCUAUUAUAUUAUUCGAACGGCAAAAAAAGUAGGUAGUAUGCCUUUCCAAAUGUAUUCAGCUCAAUUAUACAGCAAUUUCGAUGAUAAUGAAGAUUCCCGUUCUAAUCACUAUGAUCAAAACGCAUACGACAGUGAAGAGGACACAGAUGAUGCAAGUGAAACGGAAUAUAGAAACAGUCGUAGUAGUAAUGCUACCAACACCACCAACGGUGGGAGCAAUCAUGAAUUGAAGGAACAAGUAUAUCAACAUAAGUUAGCCAUACUAAAUAAACAAAGGGAAGAACUUAAACUCCUCACUCAUCCGGAUUAUACGAAGCGUGUAAAGAAGCUGGAAUAUCAAUAUAAAGAUCGCUUACGGCUAAAUGAAAUUCAUCGAGAAUAUUUGAAGGAAUGUGUUGAAAAAGACUACAUGUCAGAACGGAGAGCGGCGCAAAAGGAAUAUGAAGAGAAAAAAAUUGAUUUGAAGGACAACAUCUUAGCAGAUUUAGAAGAACGGAAAAAGGUUAUAGAAAACGAAAGAUAUAAUCUGGAGCUAACAAAUGAUUCGACGGAAAUAAAGCCAACAGUUACACGUAAAUUACGAAGACGUCCAAAUGAACCAAUACCAGUUGUGGAAAAACGUAGAAAACCUACCACGGGUCAAUUACUUGUAUAUUUGUUGGACGAUAAAGAAAUCGAUAAUGAUAUGAAAGCCAUACAGAGAGGCAAGCCAUUAUUAACAACAUCACAACAAAAUGGUGUUGGUGGAGUUCCUUUUAGCAAUCUACAACACGGGAACUUGCUUUCGGAAACAACCCAUUCAAACGUAAGCAACAAUGUCGAAACGCGUAUUGAAGAUGGUAAGCUGCUCUAUCAACGAAGGUGGUUCCAUAGAGGUCAGCAGGUAUAUGUUGAAGGAAAGGAUUUAGUGAAAUUCGCAGCAACAAUAACGGCUAUAGGGAAUGAAGUGGUGUGGGUGAAAAAAACAAAUGAUAGCAAAGUUAAAAUUAAUAUGUCUCAUUUGGCUAAAGGCAAGGUUACGAUUAAACGACGAGCCAACUGAUCCAACGUCAAAUGCAGCACAAGUAGCUGCAACACCAAUCAUUCAAACAAUUCAUCUACGAUAAUAAGAAAACAUAAUUGAUAAAUUGCUUACAAAUUUAAAACGUAUGUAAUUUUAUUUGCGUGUAAUGUAUAGUUUUAGUUUUAGAUAUCAAUAUUUGUCUCGCAGCAAUUUACUUAUUGUACCAACCAUUAAUUAUUUUAAGGAAUAAACAAAUUUUCGAUACCAAUGUAAAUAACAUAUUUAUGUAAUACUUACACAUAUAAAAUCAUCAACAAGCAUUAAAUAAAUAAUUAAUUUAAUACUUGGCAUUAAAAAUAAGCAAUUAUGUGAUAAAUGAAUUGGAAUGUUUCAGAUAGGGUUGAUGAAUAUGUGUAUGUAUGUAAAAAGUUAUGUAAUUAAUAUUACAUAAAAACAAAUAAUCACGAGCUUAAUUAUAUAAUAUACGAGGAGGAUAAUAGAUAUGAAUUUAAUGCCAAUAAUUUAGAUUACCCUAUAAAAUCA